GCGUGCGCAGAGCGACGCGGGCGGGCGUGCGUGCGGGAGUGCGGACGGGCGGCCGGCGGCGACGCGGCGGGACGGGACCCUCGCGGGCGGGCGUGCGGGCAGCGGCGGGCGGCGGAGCCGUGCAGCCGCUAGGGGAGCGCACGGGGCGGCCGCGGGCCACGACUGUCGCCCAGAAGAAAAGAUGUUUGGUUUUCACAAGCCAAAGAUGUACCGAAGUAUAGAGGGCUGCUGUAUUUGCAGAGCUAAGUCCUCCAGUUCUCGAUUCACUGACAGUAAACGGUAUGAGAAGGACUUCCAGAGCUGUUUUGGGUUGCAUGAGACUCGGUCAGGAGACAUUUGUAAUGCCUGUGUCUUGCUUGUGAAAAGAUGGAAGAAAUUACCAGCAGGAUCCAAAAAAAACUGGAAUCAUGUGGUAGAUGCAAGGGCUGGACCCAGUCUAAAGACUACGUUGAAACCAAAGAAAGUGAAAACUCUAUCUGGAAACAGGAUAAAAAGCAACCAGAUCAGUAAACUACAGAAGGAAUUUAAACGACACAAUUCUGAUGCUCACAGUACCACCUCAAGUGCCUCUCCUGCUCAGUCUCCUUGUUACAGUAACCAGUCAGAUGAAGGCUCAGACACAGAGAUGGCUUCUGGCUCUAACAGAACGCCAGUGUUUUCCUUUCUAGAUCUCACAUACUGGAAAAGAAUAAGGGAGAUACAACCAUCCAUGGAGCUCCCUUGUGGUGCCAAGGCUCCCACCCAGAUCCUUGUGCAUGACAGAAAAUCUGUUGUGGGAUUAUCUAUAAAGGCCGUUUUGGGGAAGUCCUCAUUGAUACGCAUCUAUUCAAGCCUUGCUGCAGCAAUAAGAAGGCGCCGACCGAGAAGCCAGAGGUGCCAGGGCCGGAGCCCCUGCCCAUCCCUGCUCAGGAGUGGUGACUGAGGUUUUGUAGAAGGGAAAUCAAAAAACAACUAAAUGACCCUCCUAUUUUUAACUUGGAUACCCGCUAUUCUGCCAAAAGACAAUAUCUAGAAUAGUUAUGAAUGGGUUAUUUUUUUCCUCCAAUUCCACAAACUUUGAAGCCAGUAUCUAGCUUACUAAAAGAAGAGGUGUACAUAAUAUUUAAGAUGCUGAGUAUUUCAUAGGAAAGCUGAAUGCUGCUGUAAAGUGCUCUUUAAGUCUUUUUAAAUCCCCUUCUAAUGAAUGAAACUAGGGGAACUUCAGGGGACAGAGAUGGGAUUCGUUGUAUGAUAAACGUAUGUAGUUUAGUCUUUCUAUACUGAGAAGCAGUGGUUGGGGCAUUUUUUUAGGAUGGCUGGCUAUACUUGUUUUCCUUCCCAAUAAUAAAUACGUCAUAAUUCAGUCACAUGGACUUUCCCCUAGAGGUAGUAGUUAAUAGCUUUGAAAUAUUAUGGUCUUGCCAAGGUUCUGAUGCUUCAAACUUAUACUACUGAAUAUUAAGCAAGGACAGACAUAAGUUGUCUGGCAAAAAUACCUUGAAGAAGUCAUUUCUGAAUAUACAGAGAGGUAACUUGACUGUAUAUGUUGCAUCCCGUGUCACCUCCCUGCAUAUAUAUGGAUAUUUGAUCAAGGUUUUAGUUUAUCUGAACAUUCUCAAGCAGAACCAGGGCUCCUCUUGGGGAAUGUCAAGUCUUAAGAAUUAAAGCAAUCCUGUCUGACUAGUACCAAAGCAUUGCCAGACGGUAAAGAAUAUACUCUAUUCCAAAUGCUAGACUGUCUGAAAAAUACGAUGUGCACGUAGGUUUUGAGGAUGGCACACAAACCAGGUUAAUGCUUCUUGGACACAUGUCUUAGAGGGCUCUGUUGAGUGUGUAGGUAAAUUGACUCCCAUUACACAACUAGUGACUUCCUUGGCCAUCUGCACAGUUGAGUUUUAGCUCUCAAAGACUUCAGUUAACCUUUGUGAAGGUUUUAUCUGUGUAGAAUGGGUGUUUGACUCGUAUCCUUAUAGGGUUUGGGGGUUUGUUUCACUAUAUUAAUGUAAAAUUCUACUAAAAGAACAGAGGUGUAUAUGAAUGCUGAAUGAGUUUGGGUUUGUUUUGGCUUUUAGUAAGGCUUUCUGAAUAUUGAGAUGCCAGAUAAUAAAUCCUUAAGGAACUUAACUCAGAUCCUCACUAAAAGACUCUUGAACCCAAGCCAAAGCACUCUCGUUGCCUCUUUUCUGAAAGUUCAGGAAAAAUAGAUCACCAGUUAGGACUUUAUGAGGAUCACUUGCCUACCUUAUUAUAGUAGCAUAACUCAGUGCUUAUUUUUUAAACUGGAUUUUAAAAAUUGGAUAGUAUAAAGAACAAUAAGGAGUGAGCCACUUUUUAUGGGCACCCUAUAGUUUUAUAGUUCUUAAUCUAAAAUUUUAUAUUUCUUCCUUUUGGGAAAAACUACAAGCCACCAUACGCACAGACCACACGGUGAGUGGGCCUGCUCUACCACAGCCCUGGGCGCACACCAGGAGUCCGGCCACUACCACCUUCUUCCCGCGUUACUUUAAAAUGGUUUUUUAAUUUUUUUUUGUACAUUUUGGCUGCAGUAUUUGGUGGUAAAAUAUACUAUGAUAUGGAUCAUCUCUACUUCUGUAUUUAUUUAUUUAUUACUUGACCUCAACCACAGUCAUCUUUUCCCCCUUCCACCUCUCUUUGCCUGUAGGACGUACUGUAUGUAGUCAUGCACUUUGUAUUAAUAUAUUAGAAAUCUACAAAUCUGUUUUGUACUUUUUUAUACUGUUGGAUACUUAUAAUCAAAACUUUUACUAGGGUAUUGAAUAAAUCUAGUCUUAUUAGAAAAAUAAAAGAAGCUGUUUUCUGA